AAUAUAGAAUAGUACACCGAUGAGUAAAUGAGAGCAAGGUGGCUACAUAGUCCAACGACUUCACUUUCUUUAUCCCACCGACCUAGCUUCGUGUCAAGAGUCGUAUCCUAUACAAACCCCUUUAACUCUGCAUUCUCUCAACUUUAUUGGCUUAAUAAAUUGUUGGUGACAAUAGCUUUGAAGUUCGUGUAAUUAUAUUAGUUUCUAUUAAAUUAUUAAUAUUAGUAUUCUAUAUAGUGAUUAUCUAUGUAGUUUGAAAGAACAAGAUUCACAACAAGCCACAACAUAAUUAGGUGCUAUGGAAGACGGUGUAACUGAAGUUCCUCAAACACAACAAGUUGAAAAGGUGAAAGACAAAGACACUAAUGGUGGUGGUAGUGGUGGUGGAGGUGUUAUUAACAACUUUAUCUCUACUCUUAUAACUCCUUUGAGUCCAAGAAUUGAGAAAUUUACUACUCCUCAAGAUGGAGGUGGAAAUGGGGUGUUUGAGAAAGAGGUUGAUCUCAAUGGCGGUGGUGGAAGAAAAGGGGUUAUCAACAACCUUGUUUCUAAUCUCUUUCAUAGAAGUGAAAAAAAUGAACAAGGUGUGGUGGAAAAGGAAGAUGAAGAAAUCAAAGCUGAUGAGAAGAAUAAAAGAUUGAAGACAGAGAAUGAAGUUAAUGGUGGCGGUGGCAGUGGCGGUGGAGGUUUUAUUCAUGACAUUGUUUCUCAUUUGCCUACUUCAAUCCCAGAUGAUGCGGCUCCAACAGCGGAUGAGGCUGCUAUUUUGAUUAACUCUCUUGUUCGUGACUAAGCAGAGAGAUCAAUUCCUUUAAGAUCAUAAUGGGAUUCUUUAGCAAUGUUUUGUGUGUUUUUUUCCCUUCGAUUCUUCGUAUUUGCAAUGAUUUGUGUAGUUGUUUAUUUUUGGGGAACUUUUGUACUAUGCCUCAGUUUGGACUCUUCAUGUUAUGUUUGUCAUUUUUAACCUUAGUAAUCUUUUGUCUAAAUCA